AUGUCGAGACCCAGCCUUGUCAGAUCGCAUAUCUCGACAUACAGUCAGAUCAGCAACAAAGAUCCGGACACUAUCAUGUCGCAAAAUCCGUAUGGACCCACCACGCCUUCGUCGCAAAAGUCCAAUAAACAGCUUGGGUACGAUCCUAGUACACCAAAAGGAAGCGGUGUGCCCCUUUUGAGCACAUCCCCUGCUCAAGAGACUCACCAGACUGCAAGAUUCGUGUCUCCACCUCCAGCAAAUCCAGGUUCCCGGUCAGGUACCUCCACUGGUGGUCCUUCAACGGCGGUCAUCCCUCGCCCUGGCACUGCACAAACGAAUCAAGCCAGAGAACGGUCUAUGAGUCAAUCCAAUACGCAAUCAUAUUGGGGUCCUCUGCCUCGCAACUACAACAGAGAUAGCUUUGAUAUGGGAAGCCGUCCAGCAUUCUACAAACGCCACUCUUACAAUGACUACGAGAACAUGGGAGCACAAUUCGAGGAUUCUGAUACACAAGCUUUGGAACCUACUCCUCGCGCUCAAGCCAAGCAAGCUUCUGUAGAUCCUUUUCCAACUGAUGUUCAGAGGAUCCCUGUCAAUGCCGAUAGCCCUUUACAUCAGCUGCAGCAAGUGCGACGGGCGCCAUCGGACUCGUUUAGGAGUCUUCGCUAUGAUACGAAAAAACGAUCUUAUCGAUUUGACAACCUAUCAGAGAUCGGGAGCGAAGGAAGCGCUGGUCGAGGUGUUCAGUCAGGCUCCUUUNACAGAAAUGGUAGACCUUCUACCCCUGUGGAGGAGAUCCUGAGGUUGCCAUUGACCUGGUGGAUGAACUCCACAGCAAAGAAUCCUAUGAUUGGCGAAUUUGUCGGCACCACCAUGUUUCUCUUUUUCGCCUUUGCCGGCACCCAAGUCGCCAACAUCGAGGCCUCGACAACGACUACCACAAACGCAACCAACGGCUUUUCUCCCAUUGUCCUACUCUACACAGCAGUCUCUUUCGGCUUCUCGCUCAUGGUAAACGUCUGGAUCUUCUUCCGCAUCUCUGGCGGUCUGUUCAAUCCAGCCGUGACACUCGCCAUGGUCAUGGUAAAAUCCCUAGACUACAUUCGCGGCUCCCUCCUCUUUCUAGCACAGAUCUGCGGCUCUCUGUUAGCGUCUGUACUGGUGAGGGCACUCUUCCCCACACCCCUCAACGUACGAACCACCCUCAGUGCCGACACCAGCAAAGCCCGCGGCGUCUUCAUCGAAGCAAUCCUCACCGCCGAACUCAUCUUCACAAUCUUCAUGCUGGCANAAGAAAAACACCGCGCCACUUACAUGGCACCCAUUGGCAUUGGCCUUUCCCUCUUCAUCGCCGAAUUAGUCGGUGUGUUCUAUACUGGUGGCUCUCUCAAUCCUGCAAGAUCUUUUGGGCCCUGCGCGGUUACGGGGGUUUGGGAUAAUGAGCAUUGGGUCUAUUGGCUUGGACCGGGUUUGGGAGCACUGAUUGCGGUGGUUUUUUAUAAGUUUAUCAAGAUUUUGGAAUAUGAGAUUGCGAAUCCGGGACAGGAUGCUGAGACGGAGGGAGAGGGGGCGAGGACUAGGGAUGGGCUUUGGAGAAAGAAGGAUGAAGAGGCUUGA